AUUUAAUUUGACGCGAUGCGUUGUGAUUUAUCAGGAGUCGAUGAGGAAAAUUCGAAUAAAAUGGCUGAUGUGGAUGUUUUUAUUAGCAACUACACUCUUGUGGAUCCAGAGAUUUAUCAGCUAUGGAUCGAGGGCUUCUCCUCCAGCGAAGCAGUAACCUACCUGAAACAGAAGGGAUUUGGACACUCUAUGGGUGCACCAAGCGAUCUCAUUGCCUCCGAUGUACUGGACCACUAUCGCACCUACUCACUCAUUGAGCUUUACUUAAACGCACCCACAAAAUUAAUGGAGCAGUCAUGUUUCCAAUUGGAGCCACAUGUCCGUGAUUUGAUAACCGAAAAGUAUUACUCCAUUGACGAUGUGGUGGCCCGCGAGAUUCUUGGAAAGAAACUAUCGUCUCGAUACCGCAAGGAUCUGGACGAGGUAGCUGAGAAGACGUGCGUGAAGCUGAAGUCAGUCCGGAGACAGUUCGAUAAUGUGAAGCGCAUAUUCAAGGCCGUUGAGGAGAUGCCUGGCACAUUGACUAACAACAUAAAGCAGCACUUCUUCAUAUCCAACGAUCUAGCCAAAAAGUACGCCUGCAUUGUGUUCCUUGCCUGUUUGCGCUUUGAAACGACAAAAAAGAAACUGCAGUACUUAAGUUUCAGUGAUCUCUUGACCUGUUCCCACGCUAUAAUGAUAUACUGGACAUAUACGUACCAGCACACAGGUCCGGAAUAUUAUGACACAGAAAUGGACAAGGAAUUCCUUUUAGAUUUACGUGAACUGCGCUGCCUCCUGGACAAGGAAAAGGAAAUCAAACAUCUCGUUUGCUUACGUCUUAAGCCAGUACUUCUAGAAAGAGCCUUUCACGAACUGGACACAAACUUUCGUUCAUAUUGGCGCGCAUUAAUCACAAUUGCCUGCAACUUGCAUCGAAACCGCGAGCUACGAGAUUUGUUUGUCGAUCUGUGCGAAAAGUUAAUUGAUCCUUGGCGUCAGAAUGGCUGGAAUCGUGAGCAGGUGAAUAAGUUCUUGGCGUCCAUUACUCAGAGCGUGUUGGAUUUGGAGAUAUCUAGGGAUCAAGAGACUCGAUGCCUUUGGGACCGGUACAUGCAGGUUAUUACGAUAUGCUUGGAUAAAAUGUAUCACAUUUAAGCUGUGAUUAAGUUAAGUUUAAAGAUUUAUUUUUUAUGUAUUUAUUGUUUGUUCGUUUUUAUUCGUGUUGUGCUAUCUUGUAUAUGAUAUGUGUAGAACAUAAAAAAUAAACAUGGAAACAAUUAACCGA